UAAAUAACUACAAAUCUACAGCACACACACCAUACAAAUACAAAAUCCUAGGAAGAUUAAGACACAACUAGAGCUAAGAACUGAAAACUCAUGUUUCCUUCUUUACAAGGUUCGCUGAAAUUAGGUAGAAGAGGAGGAGGAAUGUCAGAUACUGAAUUCCCUCUCAACGAAAAUGACUCUCAGGAGAUGGUUUUGUUUGAAGUUCUAAAAGAAGCCAUGACCAUCAACGGCAACGGAAACAACAACAAUGAAGGGGGCAACUUAUCCUUGCCAUCUUCCCGCAGAACAACCCCAUCAACUGGAAACAAGGUGAAAAUCGAACCCACAGGACACAUCGAAAAGAAGCAUUAUAGAGGUGUUAGGCGUCGUCCAUGGGGAAAAUAUGCUGCGGAAAUUCGUGACUCAGCUCGACAUGGAGCACGUGUUUGGUUAGGAACGUUUGAUGCUGCUGAAGAAGCUGCAUUAGCUUAUGACAGAGCUGCAUUUCGAAUGCGGGGUUCCAAGGCAAUACUCAAUUUCCCAGCUGAAAUCAAGACUGAAUCUUUGGAUUCUUUAAGUAACGAGGUUUCAAACUCAACGGAGACAUCAACUGCUAUCUCCAAGAGAGAGAAAAUUUCCGAGUCGGAAUGAAAGAAUUAAUAGGCACAGUUUGAAUUCAUGGCGCGAGAACACUUUUGGGUUAUGUAAUUUUUUUAAAUGCUGGUAGGGUAGAAUUAUGAAUGCAGACAAGUGCCGUUUGCACCGAUUCAAUUUCUCUGGUUUAACAGACUACAAUAUUAUUUA